AUGCAAUAUAUAUGCAUAUGCUGCCAAGAUCCCAGGAGGUCAACAUAUCCCAUUUGUAGCCAAGGUUCUAGUAUGCAGGCAAACCGCAUAUCAGGACAGAAUGGUAAUACCCUUGUGCUUUUAGGAUUGGUUGAGUCUAGCCUGGCAGAGACGUUACCUUUGAACGAAGUCAGACAAAUUCACGUCAACUCUAGGAUGCUUUCAACAAUUGACGAGACUUAUGUUAAUGUGGUAAUGCCGGAAGGCUGA